AUGGUAGUUAGCGUUUACAGAAGCCCAUCAUCCAUGGCCAACGAGGAUGAGGCGCUGCUUCUUACGCUACGUACGGCAGCUCGCCACAAUGGGAAACUUCUGAUCCUUGGGGAUUUCAAAACCCCAGAGAUCAACUUGGGUGAAGAAAGUGCCCCAUCGGGUUCCUUUGGUCAUGCGUUACUAAACCUGCUCCACGAUGAAGCCCUCAUGCAACAUGUAAGAGAGGAUACGAAAUAA